GCAAGAGAUGGAGAAAAGCCCAGCCAAGCAGGCUGUAGGAAGGCAGGACAGCUGGCUUGGCAAACAAAGAGCAUCUCAGGAGGUUACGUGGUGCCCGUGGUGCCCAUCGGGAAGAAAGGAGGCACAGAACAUCCCUGCCCUAAAAUAUGCGACUCCUUUAAGAGCAGUCUGACUGGAGUCAGACAUGGCCUUGGGCCCUGUUAUCUUCCUGGCAAUGUUAACACUUCUCCAUCAGCCCUUGAUGGUCAGUGAUGACGGCGACCCAGAGACACUGGACCGGAUCCAGGCGCACAAGAAUCGGAUGAUGCAUGAAAUGGGAAGACUGCAAGCUGAAUUUGACCUGCCAGCGAAAGACAGAACCAGUGAUGGAUUGGACGAUGUGGUGUUGACCCUCCUCCUCCUCCUCCUCAGCAUCCCCAUUCUCCUCGUUAAAUACAUCAUUUACAGCAAGGAGGAGGAGUUGAGUGAUUACUCCACCACCGACAGCUAUGGCUCUGCCACCGACAGCUAUGGCUCCGCCACCGACAGCUAUGGCUCUGCCACCGACAGCUAUGGCUCCAGCACUAUCGAAGAGGACGACGACAAUACAGAGCCUGACAUGUGCAGAUCCAACCAACCGAUGCUGGAAAUGUUCUGCGACUGCCACGUCCAGAUGGAAACGGGUGACCGGAUCAGCACGUGUGAUUUUGUCACCUCUUUUGUGGACCACUUGCUGGAGGUGUGGCGGAGAACCCUGCCGUACUGGAACACCCUCCCGCUGCUCGAGAAAUGCAUCGGGGUGGGCAGCGCCUUUGAAGGGUGGCACACCCAGGUUUCCCAAGCCUACACGGUGCUUGUGCCGCUACUGCCACCCAAGGGGCAUUCCUUCCAGAUCGAAACCAGCGAUUCCGAGGGUGCCCUGAGCAGGCACGGGCGCAUCUCGGUGGAGACGGAGUGCGUGUGCAAGAGGGAGAGGCUGCUGAGGGACGGGGUGUGUGCCCUUCACCAUCCCAAGCGCCAGCUGAGUGACGGCACGCAGGUCUUGUGCAGAGGCUCCCACUUGGAUGCAGAGAAGACCAUCCAUUGGUUCCAGAAACUGGUGGCCAAAGCCUGGCGUGAUCUCUACCAAAGUUACAACCUCGAACUCGUGCCCCAGCCGUCCGACACGGCAUGCCGCCUGAAGCUGGGAUUUCAGUCCGGGAAGUCGAUUUCGAUCGACAUCAUCCUUGGGGUGCAGCAAGAGGACUCCUCAGUCUUCCUGGUUACCCAGGACGGUGAAAUGGAUCGCGCUGCCGGCACAAUCUGGCAGGAGACUUUUGUCGUCCAGGAACUCCUCUUUUUCAAAUGGGUGCACCGGCGGCUUCCAGAGGACAACUGCCACCUGAAGUGCCUGCAGAUCCUCAUCAAUUUCAGGGAGUCCAGAUCAUCCUAUAGGAACCCUGUGCUCACUAACUAUCACUUGAAGACUUCCCUGAUGCACCUCUUGCUCCUUCGGAGCCCGUUGGCUUGGCAGCGUGAAUACUUUCAAGUGGCCCUCCAAGAUGUCCUCUUGUACCUGUACAACGCCUUGCAGAGAAAAGAUCUUAAACACUUCCUGAUCGGCAACCAUUCCUUGCCCAUCCAUAUCUCUCUACCCUGGGCCUUCCUCAGCGCUGCCCCCCCUAAUCUGUUUGCGCCCUUGGGAGCUGACCCUGACCUUCACGCUGAAGCCAUGAAGGAGUUUGUAGAGGUUGCCCAACUCGUGCAGGAGGAGGGAAUAAACCUUGAAGAAUAGGGGAAGGUGGACGAUGGGUCGGUGUCAGCAUCCCCCUCCCCAUUGGAUCUGGAAGAAAUCAAGUUUGUAACUUGGGGGUGUUCUUAGUCUCAUCUCUCUCAUGGGAACAUCAAAUAUUAUUAUCAAAAUUCACUAUUAUCUAUAUCUGAUGAUGAGCCAGCAGGUGCGGGCAAAAAGACUUAAUUGCAAAUCUAGUAAAGGAAGCACCAUAAACGAUUGCAAAACACAGAGAGAGAGAGAGAGAGAGAGAGAGAGA